UCACUAUGAAUGUUCCCAAAUACUUAUGGGGAGAAGCUAUUUUAACUGCUACAUAUCUUAUCAACCGUAUGCCAUCCAGUGUCCUUAAUUUUAAAACACCCAUUGAGUGCCUGCCAAGCAGUUGUCGAGUUAUGACUCUUCCACCUAAGGUGUUUGGUUGUGUGUGUUUUGUUCAUGCCCCAAAACCUUCUGGGGGCAAGCUAGGACAUAAAGCCCAUAAGUGUAUUUUUGUUGGGUACUCUCCUACCCAGAAAGGCUAUAAGUGUUACGAUCCUUAUUAGAGGAAGAUGUUUGUCUCUAUGGAUGUUACCUUUUGGGAAACAGAGGUUUUUUAUUCUCCCUCCAAACCAUCUCUUCAGGGGGAGCAUCAGCAGGAGGAAGAGAUGUUUACCUUUUAUAAUCAUAGUGAGGGGGAGAAAUUUUUCUAUGAUCAUAGUGAAGGGGAGAAGGAAAACACUGGAGAGGAACCAGUAUCUGUUGAAAGGGAAACACAUGAUAUUGGUGGUGAGAUUGAGGAACAACUACCUGCACAACGACGACUGCAGGGAGCUAGCUUACAGAGGUAUGCUAGACGGAAAAAUGGAAAGUCUUCAUGUACGUUACCACCAUGUCAAUCACAAUCACCCACUCCAGUUCCAGAUUCCUCAGCUGACUCUUCUGGUAAUGAUUCUUCUCUUAUUGAACCUCCUCCUAUGGAUCCUGACAAUCUUCCUAUUGCUAUUCGAAAAGAAUUGGCAGGAUGCAUUCAAGAUACCUAAGUGGAAAGGAGCUAUGGUAGAAGAAAUGACAGCUUUGAAAAAGAAUGGCACCUAGGAUCUAGUGUCACUUCCAGGAGGGAAGAAACCAGUGGGCUGCAAGUUAGUGUUCACUAUUAAGCAAAAGGCUGAUGGUACA